CCACGAACUCAAGAUCACAUCGGGUCGUUCCAAUUUUAGUUUAUUUGUUUGUUGAUGACUGCGUGAGCUAAAGACAAAAUAAUGAGUUUAUCAGGUACAAAUAAUACCAACUGGCAAAGCGAUGAUCGUGGCGAUAUGGAAAAGGUUUUAGCUAUGUUAGUGUUAGGUCUCGGCAGCCUUCUAUCCGGCAUGCUGCCAGCCAUAAUAUCAGAGCGUAAUCGUCUACGAUUUCCAUUGACAACGUCGCUAUUGCUGUGUUUCGGUGCAGGUAUUCUACUAGCUACGGCUUUGGUGCAUAUUUUGCCAGAGGUACGCGAGCAAAUGAACUCGAAGUUCGCGGAAGUUGCGAUGUGUGGCGGCUUCUUCAUCAUUUAUUUCAUAGACGAAUUCAUACACUAUUUCUUUGGCGAGGCCCUUCAGCAUACGCAUGCAACGACUCCAACAGCGAGUGCUCCAAGCUCCAACAAUGCCUAUGGAGCAAUUAAUGAGAGAGCGCCGUUAAUAGGCGUCGAUACAACACACCAUCAUCAUCAUGGUGAAAACGGUCAUGAUCAUAAUAAUAGCGAUCACCUGUAUGAGCCCGUUUCCGGAUGUGACGAUGCCAGCAUUGACGAUGCAAAUGCUCGAAUUUGUCAUACCAGUCAUACGGAACCAUGUGCACAAUCCAUGACUGGGACACUGGGACUGUUUGUGGCGCUCUCUUUGCACUCGGCCAUCGAAGGAUUGGCUAUUGGUGUACAAAACUCGGCCACCAAGGUGCUCUUUCUGCUGGGCGCCGUUGCGUGUCACAAAUUUGUGAUGGGCUUCUGUCUGGGUCUUGAAUUUCGCUCAAACCCACGCGCAAGCAUUCGCUCACAAUUCAUUGGCAUCUUGGUGUUUGCUUUGGGUGCCGUGUGCGGAAUCGGUCUGGGUAUGCUUAUCGUUGACAUACCCUCUACCUGGUCGAAAACAGCACUGCCCAUAAUACAGGCAUUGGCUGGAGGUACGCUCUUUUAUGUGACCGUAUGUGAGGUGAUUCCGCGCGAAAAGGCGCGCUGGCAUACGAAUUCGAAUCGUCGCUGGGCGGGAUUUGCGCAAUUCGCGACAGUCGUUGCGGGCUUUGCGACAAUGUGCAUUAUUAAUUAUUAUCUCGCUGAUGACUGAGAAUCUCAAUAGGCACUGCCCUGCUUUUUAAACUUGUAUUUGUAUCAGAAUUGUUGUAUGCAAAAUGUAAUUGUGGUUGCUUAUUGUUUAAUGUAUUAUUAAGUGUCCCAGCCAAUUUAAAUGUUUUAUACAAAAAAGAAGUGUGUGA